AAUGUCCAUUUGCACGUGUCUCCGCGGCACCUCAGUGAAACUAUAGUAAGUAGUAACCCCAAUUAUAUAUGCAUGCUGAACUUACAGCAAAACACCAUUAAAGCUUAUAAUGGAGCACAUCAUCCAGAUUACUACGAACAUUGGGUGGCAUUACAUGGGUCUUGGCGUACAUGUCAGCGGCUUCUAUUCAGUUCAUCAUGAAGACCCAAAGCAGUAGCCCAAAGGAACCGGAUGACACUGUUGAUUGGGCAGCGGAGCUGUGCCAGGAAUCUGCAAUCCAUGGCAUGCCCUAUGUGUCUCGCAGGGAUCUCCACUGGACCGAACGCCUCUUCUGGGUAUCCAUAGUCCUGUUGUCGGCUUACUAUGCCAUUAGCAGUUGCCUCAGCCAGUGGAAUCGGUUCCGGGACAAUCCAAUUGUCUUUCAAUACGAGUACCUCUUUGGGCUUCGGAAAUUACCCGCUGUCGGAGUGACACUUUGCACGACAUACGAGGAUCAGGAGCAUGUGAAUCAGGUCAUAAAUGAAACUUGGGGUUUGGGGCCGUCAAAUGAGAAGACAGCCUACUACGAGAAGUUCCUGUUCGUGCUCAACCGCCUUCAGUACAACAAACUUGAUACUUUAACGCCCUACGAGAACGAUUCUACUCUGGACAACUUGAAUUACGUGGGCAUGCUGAUGAAACUCCAGGAGAAGGUUCUAAUGAAAGAUGAUGAACUUAUAGUGGCGCCGGUCAUAACGGAAGUUGGUUUGUGCCAAACUACUAGCCAGCUAAACCGCUACGGCAAUCCCUAUGGCAAAAUAGAAAACAUGACUGUUGUGAAUGUGAUAGAGUGCGAAUUUAACUCUAAUUGCAGGCUGCAGGGAAAACCCUUCAACGGCCUUAAUACCACUUUGAAGCUGUACUUUCACGAUGUCAAUGAAUUCAUGUUACCCCAUGAUCUUAAAACUCUCCAUCAUAAUGCCAAAACCGAUAUUUCAUUUACCUUUGAAUUUCUCGUAAACUCGAUAUCGGCGGAGAACGAUGUGCGAAACCUUCCGUUGGCUUAUCGGAAGUGUCGCUACAAAGACGAAGACAAUCUCGAGUACUACAGUCCGUAUUACCAAAGUCUCUGCCGCCUAGAGUGCCGAGUUAAGUGGGCCCUGAGCCUAUGCAACUGCAAACCCUUUUUCUAUGUAGCAGCUGUAGAGGCUCCAGUGUGCAACAUAAGAGGAAUGUUGUGCCUGCAUCGCUCCAACUGGCUGGAAAAACCCUGUGAAUGCCUUCCCCCGUGCAUAGAGAACACCUAUGCCAUUUUUUCCGUUCAGGAGCAAAAGGCGGGAAAUUUCGAAGCAGCAAAAACCUUCGAACGAACCCUGAUUUUUAAGAUGGAUCUUCCCAAGAUGGGCAUGAAGCGGCGGGUUGUGUUCAGUACGGAUCAGUUGAUAAUGUCAUUCGGAGGAGCCAUUGGCCUGUUCCUCGGAGCCAGCUUUAUGACCAUAUAUGGCUUGGUGUACCUUUUUCUCUGUUUUUUUGUUCAUAAAUGCAAACAGGUCAUACAAAAAAGGUUUUUAAAGAAAAAUCUUAGCAGUGCUAAUAUCAACGCUUUUAAGUAAUCACUUUAAUAUUUCUUAUACGAAUGUUUUUUCCCAAUGUAACAUUUUUAAUGAAACAUUUUUUGUCAAACAUUUUUAUUAACUGAAAGGACUUAAUGGUUUUCUGAUACUAAACAUUUUAAGAGUUAUUUAGGUAAUGUCUUGUUCAAGAUUUAUUUUAAGGUUUAAUAAUCUUUUAAUGUUGUUGUUAGCCCUAUUUUAAUAUUAGCCCAACGCUUGUAAUA